UAUAGCUAAAAAAAAGAAGGAACCAGAAUAUCUACUGUUUUCCGGUGGAGACACGCCGGAGCCGAAACCGUCAACUGAAUAUCAAUCUCGAGAGAGGGUUUACGGCUCAGAUAUUAUGGUGAUGGAAGGGGAUUCAGACAUUACUGGCCACAAAAAUGAGGGGACUUUGAAAACCCUAGACCAGAUUGAGGAAAAGGCUUCGUCGAUUCUUAAGUUCUCGCAUCAGUUUGAUAACAUGAUAGACUCACUGCCACUAGAGCGGAAGGAAGAACGACUGAGAGCGGUUGAAAUGAAGGAGAAGGAAAUCGGUUUGCUUGAGGAGUCGAUUUCUGGUAAACUAAUAGUAUUAGAGGAGAAAGAGAUGGAUUUUGAUUUGAGACAGGUCAUUGAAGCAAACCUCAUGAGCUUGGUUUUUGAGAAGCAGAGUGAAGAAGUAGCGAUCCAGUUAGACGCUCAGGAGAAGAAGCUUUGUUUGAUUCACCAUUCGUUGAAAAAGAAACUUGGAGAUAUGAUGAGUGAGUUUGAAGCAAAGAAAGAGGAAGCUCGCCGGCUUUUUGAGUCAAUCCUUGAGGAGUUGUGUGAGUUAGAGAAUGCUGAGAAGGAUUUUGUUCUGAAUCAAAAAGUGGAGACUGAGAGACAAAAGGAGGAAAGUAAGCAGCUUAAAGCAAGGAAGAAUGAGCUCAGAUCACUUGAGGAAGCCAUCAAAGAGAAAUCUGCUGAACUGAUUAGAAAGGAAGCGAAUUUUGAGCUGAAACAGAGAGAAGAAGCUGAUAAAUGGAGAGAAGAGACUGAACUGAGGAGCAAAGCUCUUGAGAUUAAGGAGAAGACACUGGAAAAAAGACAGAAAGAGCUUGAACUGAAGCAGAUGGAGUUAGAAGAAAGAUCGAAGCAACAACUAAUAGAAAGAGAGUCUCGAAAGAGAUCCAACCUUGAAUUUGAGCCUCCCAUGUUGAUGGUUGAAAGUGAUGUUGCUUCUCUUACUCGGCUAGCCAAAAAGCAAAAAUCUCAGGAAGCAGAUUUGGCUUGUGCGCCAUUGGGUAAACCGGAUCCUGCGUCUAAACACAUAAGUGAAGCAAAUGAUGGAGACACAAAAGGAGUUGUCUGCAUAGAUAAAAGUGAUGAGGAUCCUAAAUCAUUAACUUGUCCUGAUGCAAAGUUUAAUGACUUUAACAAGUCAAUGAGCUCUUUUGCUGUCGAUCAAGUAUGGGCAUUAUAUGAUUCAACAGAUGAUAUGCCGAGGAAAUAUGCUCAAAUCAAGAGAGUUUUUGGCUGGGAAUCCGAGUUGAGUCUGCUGGUGACAUUGCUUGAACAUGUCAACACUAAAAAAGAUGAGAAAUCUAUUCGCAGUGCUUGUGGGAGAUUCGAAUAUGGAGAUACAGAGAUAAAAACCCACUUGAUGUUUGCUCAUGAGAUGCAGCACAUCAAAUGUGGCAAUGAUGUCAUAGUGAACCCAAGAAAGGGAGAAACAUGGGCUCUUUUCAGAGAUUGGAAUAAAAGUUGGAACAGUCACUCGGAUCUUCACGAGCCUCCUUAUAGAUACGACUUUGUGGAAGUCAUCUCUGAGUUUGACGAUCGUAUAGGAAUUGCAGUGGCCUAUAUGGGGAAAGUUAAAGGCUUUGUAUCGGUCUUUUACCAUGCUGAGCAGCAUGGACUCAGCAAGAUCAUGAUCCCACCUGGGGAGAUGCAGAGAUUCUCUCAUAAAGUUGCAUCGGUUAAACUGAGAGGAGAAGAGAAAGAGGGAGUCCCGGCUGGUUCUUAUGAGCUAAACCCUGCUGCUACGCCGAGCUAUGAUUCUGUGCUUGAGGAGGUGGUGGAUACGGAAAUACAAAGUAAGGAUUGUGGUAAAGCUCCAACGGUUGAAAAUCCAGAUGGGUCUACAGAAGAUCAGCCCAUUAUAAUAGAUUAGUCUGGUAUAUAUAUAUGCAUGUAAAGUGCCAUUGGUGAUGGCUUUUUGAGGUCGCAGAAAGU